AUGAAAUACUUUCCAACCUCUCCGUCUACUGCAUACUCCCUCUUCCACAAACCUCCACACGCCAAACGCUAUGGAAUAAUGCGCAUUAACGAGCGUACCGCCGUAUCGACGGCACACGUGCUCUUAGUGCCCUACUCAGCCCAUCAUGUCCCAAAAUAUCAUAUGUGGAUGAAAGAUCCAGAAAUCCAAGAAGCCACUGCUUCCGAGCCACUUAGUCUGGACGAAGAAUAUGACAUGCAACAAAGUUGGCGAACCGACCCCGACAAAUUGACUUUCAUUAUUUGUCGACCGGAGGAGUCCAUGGUGACGGUGCGCAAUGGACUGCUCGACGCCGACGCCAUGAUUGGCGAUGUGAACAUGUUCAUCUCGACGACCGAAGACGACGCGGGGCUGUCACUUCUCGUCGGCGAACUCGAACUUAUGAUCGCUGAACGCAGCGAGCAUCGGAAAGGCUAUGGUCGAGCCGCGCUCUUGGCUUUUAUGAGAUACAUAGUCACCAACGAAGAGGGCGUACUACAGGAACUCGUCGCUGACCAGACUCAUGCUAUUGGUCGGUCUCGACUCGACCAUUUUGCGGUCAAGAUAGGACAGACGAACCAUCGCAGCAUUACGCUGUUUGAAAGUUUGGGAUUUUCCAGAACGAGUGACACGCCUUCGUAUUUUGGCGAAUACGAAUUACGGCUCGAGAGAGACAAGGUCGAUGGGCUGUUGGGUUCUGGCUCCGCGAGGAUGGAACGGUUCUUGUCCGGGUACGAGGAGAUAGAAUACGUGUGCCCCGAGUACACAAGAUAG